UUCAGGUCAUACACUUUGGAGCGUCUCUGUAAAUAAAUAUAGACAAAGAAAUGUAAAAAGGGAUAGCAGAUAUCAAAUUACAGCAUUUAAAAACAGAAUAUAUUAGCUGCUAUCAGGCUACCACAGCUAACCCGAGAAGAAGUUGUUCGCAGGGCGUGGUGGGAUAGGAGCAGCUCGGUGGAGGACUACAUGGAAACAGUGCCCCAGCUGGCUGCUGCUAGCUGCACACAUGAAGAUGGCUGCAGAGGGGAUUUUCAGGCCAGUGUCUGAAAACAGAGCUCCGUCUGUCAUGUUCGCCGUCGACUAGCCAGCGUGUCCCCCCGGUUGAUGGUGACUCGGACGGGGAUAAAAUCAAAACAACAUGGGGUCCCAGACUUUACAGAUCCUGAGGCAGGGGGUCUGGGCUUCAGUCACAGGCGGAUGGUACUACGACCCCGACCAGAACACCUUCGUAAACGCGUUACAUCUGUACAUCUGGCUGUUCCUGCUAUGCUUCCCUUUUACGCUUUACAUGGCCCUGCCACCCACCAUGGUGAUAGUGGGCAUCUACUGCGGAGUAAUCGCUGGCAUGUUUCUGCUGCUGAAGACCGUGAACUACCGCCUCCACCACGCGCUGGACGAGGGGGAGGUAGUGGAACGCAAGGCCAAAGAGAACCAGUCCAACAGCAGAGGAGCCACAACCGGACCCAAUGACAGCGCCCCCCGCAGGCAGGACGGCAGUGGGCCUGGGGAUCCUGGUGGGGGGAUCGAGAUGGCAGAUUUUAUAAGACAGGAAACGCCACCUGUGGAUUGCAGCUCCAGAAACUCCUAUAUUGGAAUGGACUCAAACCAGCAGAUUAUAUCCACUCACGGAAGAGCAACAAUCAGCAAAGGAGAUGCGGGAAAGACGGACGACAUCAGUCUGACGCUGGUGGAAAGCUGCAGCCACGAUCACGAUCUGCUGUCAGACACAAAGAUGUACUGCCUUGUUCCAAACGACUCCUUUGCCUCACUGCAGCCCUCCACAUCCCUGUGCCCCUCAGAAGUGUCCCGGGACCCCGCAGACCCCUGCUCCUCUGCUGCUUUCCACUUCAGCCUCUCUCACUCGUCCUGCGACACAGAGGCUCUUCACCUCUCACAAACUUUCAGGAAAGAGCUCCGAUCUCGAGGUUUGCCUCGGACCUCCAGUUCAGCAGGCUCAGCUUUUCCUGACCCUUCUCUGCCAGACCUCAGUCUGUACCUGGCCCCGCGGAGGGGCCUGGACCCUGUGUGUGAGCUGGAGGCUGCACGGCCGCACAGGACUGGUCUGUGUGACACAGACAGACUGUACCAGCAGGAGCCCGCUGUGGCCUCCACGUCAGGACUAGACUGUUACAGGCACAAAGAGCCCCGCAGAGUGGCCCGCUCGGCCUCCCGAGAGGCUGGCGAGGGUAGCUCGGGGUUGUAUCAGGGUGAUAUAGGGGGCAAACAUUUGAGUGGAGGGAAGUCCCAUCGAGGAGAGCGCAGCGCGGACAGUCUGAGGAGCCUGAGCACUCGGAGCAGCGGCUCCACCGAGAGUUACUGCAGUGGCACAGAUAGAGACACCAACAGCACCGUCAGCAGCUUCCACUCAGAGCAGACCAGCUCCACUCACGUGGAGAGCCUGCUCUCUCUGUCUGGGGAUGAACGCGUGCGGGACAGAGCCGACGCCUCUGUCCCAGGAGGAAGGACUUCUAGUCUGGGUAAUAUUAGCUCACGAGGCCUCAGCAGAGAGGCCAAUAAAAACCCACACGCUAAUGAGCUACCAGAGGCCCAGGAGCGCGCUGACUCUAUCCCAUCUCAGGACGAGCCUGGGGUCAGGACCAGUGCGGACGGCUCCACUGCUGGGGCUGAACAGGAACACAGUAAAGACAAAACUCAACCAAAGUCAAGCAAUGUUCAAAGGACUUCCUCUCUGUCUGCGGGUCGGAGUGGGCGCAGACGGACAGGUAAAAAGAGGGCGAGCAGUUUUGAUGCUAGCCGCCACAGAGACUACAUGUCGAUGCGGGGCGUAGUCAAACCCUGCAGUGCUGUGUUCACUGGAGCUGGAGAGGAGGACUCCAGUGACCACAGCGAACUGAGCUGUGCCUCCAGUCGGCGCUCACACCAUCUGAGCACAGACAGCUCCUCCAGCAACACGUCCCACUCCUGCCACUCCCCCGAGGGGCGCUAUCGAGCCCUCAAAGCCAAGCACAGCGCAGCGCGGGGCCCAUCCAAAGGGAAGGCAGCUGCAGGAUCAGAGGUGAGUGCAAAGAGGCGCACCUCACGGCGCACCCUCAGCACGGGCAGUGCCAAAACUCAUGCCCGAGUGCUGAGUUUGGACAGUGGGACAGCCGCCUGCCUUAAUGACCCUACACGCCUGGCUCCAGCUGGGCCCCGCCCCCUCACCACCUCAAAGUCUGACCUGGAAGCCAAAGAAGGAGAGGUACUGGAUGCGGCCUCUCUAUUGGGACGCGCCUCUCAGCUGGAGUCUGUGACGCGCUCUAGGAACAGCCUGCCAAACCAGAGCCUUGCGGAGCCCCAGGACGCUGCAAGUGCUUCUCUGAGAGCCCAGGGCAGCGAGGAGACAGUGGUAUUUCGUCGUGAGCGUAGCACGUUUCGUCGGCAGGCUGUCCGAAGGCGUCACAAUGCAGGCAGUAACCCCACGCCCCCCUCGUCUCUGAUUGGAUCCCCUCUCAGUCUCCAGGAGGCUCUGAGCCUUCAAGCCCAGCCCCUCUGCUCCUCCCAGGCCAAAAGCCAGCCCUCCAGGACCUCCUCCCAGGUGACUGUGCUGAGCGCAAGCACCUCCCUGCUGGCCAGGAAUGGGAGCACCCAACUGGAGGGGUCCCAGGACAAGGCCUCCACCGUGGGUGCCACCAGCCUGCAGGAUGACUUUGGAAAGAUCACUCCAUCUUUGUAUGAAGCUGGUGGCUGUGACAUGUCUUUGGUCAACUUUGAACCUGCAACUAGAAGAGCAUCAAAUAAUGUAUGGGACACAGACUCCCACCUCUCCAGUUCUACCUCAGUUCGCUUUUAUCCUCAUGACCUGAUCCGUCUGAACCGCCUGUUGACCAUGGACCCGGAGCUGUUGGAGCAGCAGGAUGGAGACUUGAGCCCGGAGCUAAAGGACGCUCCUCUGGGACAGGGCGACGCCUCCUCCUCUGCGGCAGCGAAGGCCAGACAGUACUACAGACUGUGGCUGCUGCCGUACCUGUGGGUCGGCCUCCACUUCGAUCGCCUCACUCUGCUCGCUCUGUUUGAUAGGAAUAGGGAGGUGUUAGAAAACAUUUUGGCUGUGGUUCUGGCCGUCCUCGUGGCCUUUCUGGGCUCAGUGCUGCUCGUCAAUGGCUUCUUCACCGACAUCUGGGUCUUUCAGUUCUGCCUUGUCAUCGCAAGCUGCCAAUACUCACUGUUGAAGAGUGUUCAACCAGACUCCUCUUCACCUCGUCAUGGCCAUAACCGUAUCAUUGCGUACAGUCGGCCGGUCUACUUCUGCCUGUGCUGUGGCCUCAUUUGGCUGCUGGAUUAUGGCAGCACCAGAACCACCUCCUCGCGCUUCACUCUGUAUGGUGUGGCCCUCACCAGCUCCCUCAUCCUGGGAUCGGCCCGGGACCUUGUCAUUGUUUUCACUUUGUGUUUUCCCAUCAUCUUCUUUGUCGGGCUGCUGCCACAGGUCAACACAUUCGUCAUGUAUUUGUUUGAGCAGCUGGACAUCCAUGUGUUCGGGGGCAACGCCUCCACCAGCCUCCUGUCUGCUCUCUACAGCAUCCUGCGCAGCGUCGUCACUGUGGCUCUGCUUUACGGCUUCUGCUAUGGAGCGCUCAAGGAGACAUGGGAGCCUCACCACAUCCCUGUGUUGUUCUCCGUUUUCUGUGGCCUCUUGGUGGCAGUGUCGUACCAUUUGAGUCGACAGAGCAGUGACCCUUCUGUCCUCAUAUCUUUGAUACAGUCCAAAAUUUUACCCAGUUUAAAAGACAAGAAUCCAGAAGACCCUCUGUCAGAAGUACAUGACCCUUUACCGGACAAACUCAGGGCAUCAGUGAAUGAGCGUCUCCAGUCAGACCUGAUUGUGUGUGUGGUUAUUGCUGUUCUUUACUUCGCCAUUCAUGUUAGCACUGUCUUCAUUGCACUACAGCCGUUCCUGAGUUAUGUCUUGUACGGCCUGUUGGGGGCAGUAGGGCUCCUUACUCAUUAUCUUCUGCCUCAAGUCCGUAAGCAGCUGCCCUGGUACUGCUUCUCUCACCCUUUACUCAAGACCAAGGAGUAUUACCAGUUUGAAGUCAGGGAUGCGGCCCAUGUCAUGUGGUUUGAGAAACUUCACGUGUGGCUGCUGUUUGUGGAGAAGAAUGUACUUUAUCCUCUUGUCAUUCUGAACGAGCUGAGCGGCAGCGCCAGGGAGCUCGCCAGCCCAAAGAGACUGGACACCGAGGUGGGUGCUCUGAUGAUCACUGUGGCAGGUCUGAAGUUGCUGCGUUCAUGUUACAGCAGCCCCACGUAUCAGUACAUCACGAUCCUAUUUACCGUCCUCUUCUUCACCUUCGACUACAAACACCUGUCUGAAACUCUGCUGCUCGACCUCUUCCUCAUGUCCAUUGUUUUCAGUAAGAUGUGGGAGCUGUUUUACAAAUUGCACUUUGUCUACACAUACAUCGCUCCGUGGCAGAUCACAUGGGGCUCAGCCUUUCAUGCCUUUGCCCAACCUUUUGCUGUGCCUCACUCUGCCAUGCUGUUUGUUCAGGCUGUUGUGUCUGCCAUCUUCUCCACUCCCCUCAACCCUUUUCUCGGCAGUGCCAUCUUCAUCACCUCCUAUGUUCGCCCAGUAAAGUUCUGGGAAAGGGACUACAAUACUAAGAGAGUGGAUCAUUCAAACACUAGACUUGCUCACCAGCUAGACAGAAAUCCAGGUUCUGAUGACAACAAUUUAAACUCUAUCUUCUACGAGCACCUGACGCGAUCGCUGCAGCACAGUCUGUGUGGGGACCUGCUGCUCGGUCGCUGGGGAAACUUCAGCACCGGAGACUGCUUCAUUCUGGCCUCUGACUAUCUCAAUGCCCUGGUGCACCUCAUCGAGAUUGGAAACGGACUGGUGACCUUUCAACUCAGAGGCCUGGAGUUCAGAGGCACAUACUGUCAGCAGAGGGAGGUGGAGGCCAUCACAGAGGGAGUAGAGGAGGAUGAGGGCUGCUGCUGCUGUGAGCCGGGUCACCUGCCUCACUUCCUCUCGUUUAACGCGGCGUUCGGACAGCGCUGGUUGGCGUGGGAGGUCCUGGUCACAAAGUAUGUCCUGGAAGGCUACAGCAUUACAGACAACAGUGCUGCUUCAAUGCUGCAGGUGUUUGAUCUGAGGAGGAUUCUCACCACCUACUAUGUCAAGGGCAUUAUCUACUAUGUUGUGGAGUCCCCCAAACUGGAGGAGUGGUUGGCCAAUGAGACCAUGAGAGACGGUCUGAGGGGCUGCACUGAGAGGAACUACGUGGAUCUGGACCCAACCUUUAACCCCAACAUUGACGAGGACUACGACCACAGACUGGCUGGGAUCUCCCGGGACAGCUUCUGUGGGGUCUACCUGGGCUGGAUCCAGUAUUGCAACUCCCGAAGGACCAAGCCUCUGGAGUGUGAGAAGGACUCUGCUCUGGUCCUGCUGUGCUUCGGUCUGUGUGUCCUGGGACGGAGAGCUCUAGGAACAGCCGCUCAUCACAUGUCCAGUAACCUGGAGUCCUUCCUGUUUGGACUUCAUGCUUUAUUUAAGGGAGAUUUUCGAAUCUCUUCGAUCAGAGAUGAGUGGAUCUUCGCAGACAUGGAGCUGCUCCGAAAAGUGGUCGUGCCUGGAAUCAGAAUGUCCCUCAAACUGCACCAGGACCAUUUCACCUCUCCAGACGAGUAUGAGGAGCCGGCGGUCCUGUAUGAGGCCAUCUCCUCUCAUCAGCAGAACCUGGUGAUUGCUCAUGAGGGAGAUCCUGCCUGGAGGAGCGCCGUGCUGUCCAACGCCCAGUCUCUGCUCGCCCUGCGCCAUGUCCUUGAUGAAGGAACCAAUGAGUACAAGAUCAUCAUGUUAAACAGGCGCUACCUCAGCUUCAGGGUCAUCAAGGUGAAUAAGGAGUGUGUGCGUGGUCUCUGGGCAGGACAACAACAAGAGCUCGUCUUCCUCCGAAAUAGAAACCCUGAACGAGGAAGUAUCCAAAACGCCAAACAAGCUCUGAGGAACAUGAUCAAUUCUUCCUGUGACCAACCAAUCGGAUACCCCAUCUACGUCUCCCCUCUGACCACGUCCUACUGCAACUCUCACCCCCAGCUUGGACAUAUCCUGGGGGGGCCCAUCAGCAUCGCCAACAUACGCAACUUUGUGGUCAGCACUUGGCAUAGGUUACGUAAGGGCUGUGGUGCUGGCUGUAACAGUGGGGGGAACAUAGAGGACUCAGAUGCAGGGGGCUUGUCCAGUGGGAACGGGACAGCAGGAGACUCUCAGCAGAGCUCAGUGUCUCACAGUGGGAUGUCUGGACCCUCACUGCCGCUCAGCUACCCUCCACAUCCUCUGGGCACUAGUCAGAGUGCCCAGUCUGUACAGUCCAGUCUGGUGCGUCACUCUCCGGCCAGAGCCUCCAUGGCCUCUCAGUCUUCGUCUUAUCGCUAUAGCAGCAGCAGACACUCCUCUCUGCGCACCUCCACCACCGGCCUGGAGCCCUGCCGACGCUCCUCCACCAGCCAGUUGUCCCUGCGUGCUCUGCCCACCACCCUGCACCUCCGCCUGGGCUCCACCUCUGAUCCCUCUGGCCCCUCCGCCUCCCUCUCCAGCCACAGCAUCCCUCCCUGUAAAAGGACCACGCUGGUGGGGCUCUUGGGCAAUGACAGUCUGUGCAGUGCAGUUACAGACCCUUUGAGCCAUCAUCAUCACCAUCAUCAUCAUCACCCACAGCAACACAACCCGACUGUGGCCACUGUGCGCAGGGAUGACAUCUCAUAUAGAGUACAGAUUGUGGAUGUGAGUCAGGUGCUGGAGAAUAUUCACCUGUCUAAAAGGAAGGAGUUGCAGUGGCCGGACGAAACCAUGAGACUGAGAGCAGGACGGACCUGCUGGAGGGACUGGAGCCCCCUAGAGGGCAUGGAAGGACAUGUGAUUCACCGGUGGGUGCCUUGUAGCCGUGACCCAGCUAACCGCUCCCAUAUCGACAAGACCAUCCUGCUGGUUCAGGUGGAUGAUAAGCUAGUGCCCAUUAUAGAGACUGGGGUCAUUGAACUGGGGGCAGAGGUUUGAGGCGAGCACAUUUCUGCAGGUUUUCGGACCGGGACUUCCCCCCUCUCCCAGGUCCUGAUCGCUGAGGGGGACAGGAGCCAGGGAACCGUGCAAAAACAGAGGCAGUACCAUUCAUUUACCCAGCAUCCUUCAGUGCGUCCAUCACACUAUCUGCCUUGCUUUGCAUCCAAAUGCUGCAUGACAGUCAACAGCUCUAAAUUUAUUGAUGCUACUGGUUUAGUUCUAUGCAUUUUUAUUCAUUGAUUAUUUUUGAUUGGCAAAUAGGUUGUGUUCUUGUGAUGUCACUACAAAACUAAGAAGGAGGGCAGGCAUUUUUUUCAGGACAUUUGUUUUAAUGGCAGUUUCAAUGUUCUAUUUCUGUUUUUCAGUUUUGGACUUAAAUAAGAUGUGAACAAGCUAAAAUUAUGUGGUUGAAUCUACUGCAAAUGAGUCAGUAUUUUUGAUAAUGUUCAUGGCUAAUAUUUCAACAAUUACAGGGCCUUAUCAACAGAAAUAAAACAGUCACAAAGUUUAGGGUUAGGGCACAAAUUAA